AUGACCACUACAAAUCUGGCCUUUAGGCCAGCUGUGCCUACACCAGCUGCAAAACCAUCUGCUUCUGACCAUACUGCUAUGAUGGCAGAGUUGCUGCCUCUCGGAAACGGCCUCGAGACCCAGGAGCAAACCCACAACACUUGGGCUAUCCAGGAUUGGACAAGCUUACAACAGAGAGAGCUUGGUAAACCAUUUCAGUGUGGAAGUGGCUCGUGGCAAAUUCUUCUCUACCCCCAGGGAAACGGCGUGGACAAAGUAUCCAUGUAUUUCCAGCGAUGCAUUGACACUAGCCUGCCUUCAAAAGAUUGGCAUGCCUGUGUCCAGUUUGCUCUGGUUUUGUGGGAUCCAAAGAAUCCCUCAAAUUAUGUUUCCCACGCUGCUGCCCAUAGGUUUAACGCCGAUGAGCCAGAUUGGGGGUUCACCAGAUUUUGCGAACGUAAAAAGCCUUCCGCAUCAUUGGAAGAGCCUGGAUCCCCCUUUUCAGGUACCGAAAGUGUUAAAAUAACAGCUUACGUCCGGGUUAUCAAGGACCCAACGGGCUUGUUAUGGCAUAAUUUUGUUAAAUACGAUUCAAAGAGCGUCACUGGCAUGGUUGGGGUAAGAAAUUUAGGCGCGACCGACUAUCUGAGCUGCGUUGUACAAAUUUUAUACCACAUCUCAUUGUUCAGAAAGACAAUGUACCAAGCGCCAACGGCUAUACAUGAGCCAGCGGAUAAAGCCUGGGCGCUGCAGCAUGUCUUUUGCUUACUCCAGACCAGGGAAUCCGCUAUCUCGCCAAUCAAACUUACGGACUCUUUUGGCUGGGGGGCAAGGCACCUCUUUGAACCACAAGAUGCGCAGGAGUUUUCAAGCAUUUUAUUAUACAAUGUCGCGAAAAGGCUUGAGGUUACCCCUUGCCGCGAUGCCUUCAACAAGCUUUUUACUAUCAAGAGCACGAGGAAGAUGUCCGGCAUUAAGGUUCCCCCAAAGGAGGAAGAACUCACUCAUAUAGAGCUCCAUAUCCGCGGCCACCGAACACUAAUGGAUAGCUUGAAAGAUUACACCUCUGUUAAACUUAUUAAGGACUUUGACACCGGGGCCAUAGAGGGGACAAAAGAUGUGGAUACGCAUACCACAUUUAACCAUUUUCCAUGGGUUCUCACUUUCUACCUUAACAGAGUGGAAUUUGACAUUAAUGCUGGAAAAAUGACAAAGCUUACGGACUAUCACGAAUUUCCAGAAGAAAUUGACAUGUCACCAUUUCUCUCCAACGAAGCUGAUAAAUCCCAGCCAUGGAACUAUAUUCUCUUUGGUGUUGUGGUACAUGCAAGUAGCCCAUCUAAUGCCCACUAUUAUACCUUCAUCAGGCCGAAGCCAGAUGGACACUUCUAUAAGUUUGAUGAUGACAGAGUUACAUUGGCUACAAUGAGGGAAGCUAUGGAUGACAAUUUCGGAGUCUUAAAGGCCAAUCAAGUACAAUUACCUCACAAGGCCUUGGAGCCUUAUUAUAAUUCAAACAAAUAUCAAGAGAAAACGGCCACCAUGUUGAUCUAUAUACGGAAAUCCGAAGCCAACCGCGUUUUAGCGGACGUACUACAAGACCAAAUCCCCCCAAGGAUUUAUCCUUCGCCUGCUGCCUAUGGAGAGCAAGCUCAUUUGAGAGGUUUCUAUGAUUCUGGUCUUGCCAAGGAGGAAGCAGCGGCAAUUAACGCACAGAGCAAGGAAAUCAAGGCCAAUUCUUCUACAGAUAGUGGAAUCAACAUUAAGCUCUUCUCUAUCAAUGACUUCCAGAACCACCAUGGGCUCGACUUAGCCCCCAAAACUGCAACCGACGGUAAGUCAGCGAGUUCUCUGCUGUACCAUAAUCUUCCAGAAAACAUGCAGGUACAGGAACUUGCUACUACGGUAACAAAUGCCCUGAAUAUACCUGGAAGAGACAUUAGAAUUUGGCCGAUGGUAACUCGACAAAAUGGUACCAUUCGGCCAACUGGCACACCCCUAGAACCCCGGAUGACGAUGGGAGAUGUAAGGAAGAUGCAUUAUCCUAGACUUCCACAGGAAUUCCAGCUCUGGGUUGAAAGUUACGACUGUCUUUAUGGAGACAGAAAUAGCCCCAAUUCGUCUCUGGUGUUUCUAAAGUACUUUGACGUAAUAAAACAGACAAUUACCGGGCUUUCUUCCAUCUAUAUCAAGCCGGAUGACAAACCUGAUGACCUGUCCCCCGCAAUCUGCAAAGCAAUGGAAUGGGAGCCUAGCACUCCUAUCUCUUAUUAUGAGGAAAUUAAACCAACCUUGAUAGAUAAAAUGGACGAGAAGAAAACCAUGAAGCAAUUGGAAAUUGGUAAUGGAGACAUUAUUUGUUUCCAGCGCUUUCUGGCUCCUGCUAAGCUGCCCAAGGGUAUAACAUGUGACAAUGCCCGUGACUUUUAUGCCUCUAGACUAGUCAAAUAA